AUGGCGCCAAGUAGCGAAACCGAUGAUGGAAAUGAUAUCGUUUCAUCGGAUCCACUAACAACCACCACCAAGAGGCAGCGUUUGAACCCCUCCACCGGAACCCUAACUUCGCCGUCAUCAUCUUCCGAAGAUCCCGUUCACGCGACGCCACUUCCCACUCUUCCAUUCGAGAUUGUGGUAGAAAUUCUCUCUAGGCUUCCCGUGAAGUUCCUCAUGCAACUCCAAUCCGUCUGUAAGUCCUGGAAAUCUCUGAUCUCCGAUCCCGAAUUCGCCAAGAAGCACCUUCGCGUGUCAACAACGCGCCACCAUCUUCUCUUAACCUUCGCUAACCCCUCUCGCGAGUUCGUCGUCGCGACUUAUCCUCUCUCCUCCAUCUUCACCGAAGUCACCGCCACCGUCACGCGACUAGAGUACCCUCUGAACAAUCGAAACCGUUUUGCUCAAAUUGUUGACUCUUGCCACGGCAUCCUCUGUUUCGCACUCGAUCAACGUUUCGCUCUAUUGUGGAACCCUUCCAUCAAGAAAUUUACGAAAUUGCCCUCUUUGGAUAAUCCAAAACGAGAGGGGAGUUACACGAUAUAUGGGUUUGGCUAUACUCAUUUCAGUGACAGUUACAAAGUGGUUGCUGUUUCUUGCUAUGAAUCUGAUGGCAGUUACAAAACUCAAGUGAAGGUUCUUACAUUGGGUACCAAUGCUUGGAGAAGGAUUCAGGAUUUCCCUUCGGGUGUCCCUUUCGAUGACUCGGGAAAAUUCCUUAGUGGAACUGUUAAUUGGUUGGCAUCUAGAGAUUCUUAUUCUUCAUGGGUCAUUGUUUCUCUUGAUUUGGAGAACGAAUCUUACCGAGAAUUGUUGCAGCCUGAUUAUGGAGGGGUAACCGUGGUUACUUUAUCUUUAGGGGUAUUGAGGGAUUGCUUGUGCAUACUUUCUCAUACUGAUACUUUUUCAGAUAUUUGGCUUAUGAACGAGUAUGGAAAUAAAGAUUCUUGGACUAAAUUGUUCCGUGUUCCUUACACGGGAGAUGUUGGGGAUUGUCCUUAUACCAAGGCACUUUAUGUUUCUGAGGAUGAUAAGGUACUGCUGGAGGAUCAGCCUGGGUUGGUUGUUUACAAUGGGAGAGAUGGUACUUUUGAAACUCCUGAAAUUCAAGAUAUCAAUGGUUGGAUGGUUUCUGAAAUCUAUCAAGAGAGUUUGAUAUCACCUUGUAUCUAG